GUCUGCGGCGCCGGAAGGCCCGGGCCGCGUUCGGCUGGGGCUCAGCGGCGCUCGGGUCAUGUCGGCCCAGGGGGACUGCGAGUUCCUGGUGCAGCGGGCCCGGGAGCUGGUGUCCCAGGACCUGUGGGCGGCCAAGGCGUGGCUGAUCACGGCCCGCAGCCUCUACCCGGCGGACUUUAACAUCCAGUAUGAGAUGUACACCAUCGAGCGGAACGCGGAGCGGACUGCCACCGCCGGGAGACUGCUGUACGACAUGUUUGUGAGUUUCCCAGAUCAGCCGGUGGUGUGGAGAGAAAUCAGCAUUAUUACAUCAGCAUUAAGGAAUGAUUCACAGGAUAAACAAACACAGUUUCUGAGAAGUAAGAAUGGAAUAACAAGUUUAUUUGAAACUCUUCCUGGUCGGGUCCAGUGCGAAAUGUUACUGAAGGUCACGGAACAGUGCUUCAACACACUGGAACGGUCAGAAAUGUUGCUUUUACUUUUGAGGCGCUUCCCUGAAACCGUGGUGCAACAUGGGGUUGGCCUUGGGGAAGCACUGUUAGAGGCUGAAACUAUUGAAGAGCAAGAAUCUCCUGUUAACUGCUUUAGAAAAUUAUUUGUUUGUGAUGUCCUUCCUCUAAUAAUUAACAACCAUGAUGUUCGGUUACCUGCCAAUUUAUUGUAUAAAUAUUUGAACAAAGCAGCUGAAUUUUAUAUCAAUUACGUCACUAGGUCUGCUCAGACAGAAAAUCAGCAUCAGGGUGCCCAAGAUACAUCUGAUUUAAUGUCGCCUAGCAAACGUAGCUCUCAGAAGUACGUAAUAGAAGGACUGACUGAAAAAUCAUCCCAGAUCGUGGACCCUUGGGAGAGGUUGUUUAAGAUUUUGAAUGUUGUUGGAAUGAGAUGUGAGUGGCAGAUGGAUAAAGGAAGACGAAGCUAUGGUGAUAUUUUGCACAGAAUGAAGGAUCUCUGCAGAUACAUGAACAACUUUGAUAAUGAAUCACAUGCGAAGUAUAAAAACCAAGUGGUUUAUUCCACUAUGUUGGUCUUUUUUAAAAAUGCAUUCCAGUAUGUCAACAGCAUACAGCCAUCUCUCUUCCAAGGUCCUAAUGCCCCAAGCCAAGUUCCACUGGUUCUUCUUGAGGAUGUAUCGAAUGUGUAUGGUGAUGUAGAAAUUGAUCGUAAUAAACACAUACAUAAAAAGAGGAAACUAGCUGAGGGAAGAGAAAAAACCAUGAGUUCAGAUGAUGAAGACUAUUCUGCAAAAGGAAGAAAUCGUCACAUUGUAGUCAAUAAAGCAGAACUUUCUAACUCUAUUGAGGUGUUAGAAAGCUUUAAACUGGCCAGGGAGAGCUGGGAGUUGCUCUGUUCCCUAGAAUUCCUCGAUAAAGAAUUUACAAGAAUUUGCUUGGCAUGGAAGACGGAUACUUGGCUUUGGUUAAGAAUCUUCCUCGCUGAUAUGAUCAUCUAUCAGGGUCAAUAUAAAAAGGCAAUAGUCAGCCUGCAUCAUUUAGCAGCUCUCCAGGGGUCACUUUCUCAGCCACAGAUCACGGGACAGGGGACCUUGGAGCAUCAGAGGGCACUCAUCCAGCUGGCGACUUGUCACUUUGCUCUAGGAGAGUACAGAAUGACAUGUGAGAAAGUCCUUGACUUGAUGUGCUACAUGGUACUACCCAUUCAAGAUGGAGGCAAGUCGCAGGAUGAACCCUCAAAAAUAAAGCCCAAAUUUAGAAAAGGUUCAGAUCUGAAGCUUCUGCCUUGUACCAGUAAGGCUAUUAUGCCAUACUGCCUGCAUUUAAUGUUAGCCUGUUUUAAGCUUAGGGCUUUCACAGACAACAGAGAUGACAUGGCACUGGGGCAUGUGAUCGUACUGCUUCAGCAAGAGUGGCCACGAGGAGAGAAUCUUUUCCUGAAAGCUGUCAAUAAGAUUUGCCAACAAGGAAACUUCCAAUAUGAGAAUUUUUUCAAUUAUGUUACAAAUAUUGAUAUGCUGGAGGAAUUUGCCUACUUAAGAACUCAGGAAGGUGGAAAAAUUCAUCUGGAAUUACUGCCCAAUCAAGGAAUGCUGAUCAAGCCUUCUAGCCCUCCCAUGGGGUUGCUGCAGCAGGAAUUCUUACCUGUGCUUCAGCCCAGCAUACAGACUGCUGACAGGCACCACACAGUAACUCGGGGCAUCACCAAAGGCGUGAAGGAGGACUUCCGUCUGGCCAUGGAGCGCCAGGUCUCCCGCUGUGGUGAGAACUUGACGGUGGUGCUACACAGGUUCUGCAUUAAUGAGAAGAUCUUGCUCCUGCAGACUCUGACUUGACUGGAGACCUUUCUGCCAGAGCCAGUGUGUAGCUCUGUAAUUUGGGGGAAGACAUACAGCAGUGACAAAUGUCCCUCUAACAGCUCUUAAAAAGAAGAAAAAAAGCCGCCACCUGAAUUCUAACUCCUUGGUUGCUUAAAAGUAGUUCCCAGGAGCCUGAAAACCAAUUUCUAUUUUUAAAAGUUGUUUUUUGUAAUCUUUCUAAGACAAAAGAAUCAACCCGUUUUGUAAAUAAAAAUUAUCCUAAAAUUUGAA